UAAUCUGAACCUGAAAAUAGGAUAAGUUCAAUAAUAACGUAUAGUUGUACUAAAAACAAUUUGAAAUAGCGCCAAGCGGCAAAUCAAGUUCUGGCUGACUGGCCGACACAGCUGUGUCGGCGCACCGUUGCGAAUGGCGGUCUCACACGUGCAAUUGGAAAUUUUGUUUUUUUACGACACAAACAAGAAGGAUGAACCACUUUGAGAUCCGGGAAAUACCCGGAAAGGGGCGUGCCAUGAUCGCUACCAAAAACUUUGCGGCCGAUGAGGUGAUUUUUGAGGAGGAGCCGUUUGUGUCCAAACAGUUCUCAUGGAACGUGGCCUACGGCUAUGCCGCCUGCGACCAUUGUAUGAGACCGCUGGAAACGGUACUAGAGAAUGUUCGUCGCCUAGCCAGCGACCCCAAGGUUGAGGUCCCUCUGCUGCAACAUGACCCCACGGCCGCUUGGGUGGCCCAGUUUACACAGUGCCCACGCUGCAAAGUUCACUACUGCUCCGAAGACUGCCGUAUGGAGGCUCACAAGCGCUACCAUCGCGAGGGCUGCAUGGGCGCAUUCCGCGCCGACGACACCCAUCCCAUCAACGUGCUCAAUGAGACGUGGAAGAAGAUGCACUAUCCGCCGGAGACGGGCAGCAUUAUGCUGAUUGUGCGCCUGAUGGCCUUGUACAAGCAGAGUCCAAAAAAGGCGGAAUUUCUCGAGCAGCUUCAAUCCUUUCAAGCAUUGAUAGUCAACCGCGAGCAGAAAAUCUACCACAAAAUGCUGGGCGAAAACUUUGAGCAGCAAAUGGAGCAGCUGUAUAGAGCGUUCUGCAACGCCUUCGCUGGCGAGGAGUUUGCCUUGUUCACAACUCCCGAUGCCUUUAAAACGCUGAUGGGAAUUAUGGGCACCAAUAGCCAGGGAAUUGCGACCAGCGUACUAUCACAGUGGGUAACCAAGGUUUCCGAACUGCCUCUGCCGGAUGCUGACAAGUCGCAGCUAGACACAGUUAUUGAUGGGCUCUACGCCAAAGUGGGAGAAUUUGCUGGCGAAUUCUUGAACAACGAAGGCUCUGGUCUGUACUUGCUCCAGAGCAAGAUCAAUCACAGCUGCGUGCCGAAUGCCUGCUCCACAUUUCCAUACUCAAACGACAUUGUGGUGAUGAAGACGUUGGUACCCAUCCAGGAGGGCGACGAAAUUUGUAUCUCCUAUCUCGAUGAGUGCAUGUUAGAACGGAGCCGUCAUUCUAGACACAAGGUCCUGCGCGAGAACUACAUAUUCGUCUGCCAGUGUCCAAAGUGCCGUGCUCAAGCCUCCGAUCCCGAUGUGACCAGCGACGAAAGUGAGGACGAUGAUGAAAUGGAUGAUUACGAAGACGACGACGAUAUGAACUAGAAUAGUUUCCGUACUUUUUACUUUUCUUUUUUGUCAUCAGUAAAUCAUACACGAGUAUUUUUGUACAUAUUUAAAUCGAGAUCAUGGAUGGGAAAUCCACUUUUAGAUCGAAGCCCCUUAACACCGUAAAUCAUGGAUAUGAAUCUUAUUCUUAAUCCGUGUCGAAGCUAUCUUUCAUCCCGUUCUGGUCUCUAUAUGAUUAGGCAGUGAGAUAAAAGUUUUAAAAUAAUAUUUUUUACCUUAUAAUUAAA